AUGCUCCCCAUAGGACGACGGUAUCUAGAUCCAUUUCCUGGUUGCAAUUUGUGUGGUGAGACAAUUUACAGUUUUUCUACCACUCUGAUUUCCGAGAUCAUAUAUCGCAAUGCACCGGAAGAGCUGAAUGUUUUCUCACCAACUAGCCCAUGGAUCUACGGAAGCCCAGCAGAUCUUGAUGACAUACAUUUCGAUGAGAUGUGGACAUGGUCUUGUAUGUUUCGAGCUGGUAACGCGGUCUUAGUAUUUUUCAAGAUUGAUCAAGGACCCAGGUUCCAUCUCUCUGGUGUUGGUGAAAUUCGACCGUUCAAUCAAAUAAGUCUUCCACAGGACGAGAACGAGAUGAUUUUGUGGAAUCAUCGAAAUCUUGAUCCGCACAUCCUUCCAAUUCCGAAAUUUAUCUCGAAGCUGGAAUAUGUAAAGGCUUUUUCUAUGCACGAACGAUGCUGGCAGCUCAUGACUCGAAUCCUCGAUGCAGAAUUGAUCAAAAGAAAUAUUGAUAUCUUCACGCGCGCAAUGUGUAGGUCACAGCUUACUACGCAGACCAGACCAGUGCCGGAUCAAGUCCCCCCCGAGGCGAGAGAAGGGCUCGCGUUUUCUUCUGGAUUAGAACGAAGAUUCCAGCUAAGCCCUCGGAAUUUUCGUUCCAUGAAUGCAAAUCCAAGGGACCUCACUCGUGAAUUUCGCGGCGCAGACCCUCUGAAUGACUCCUAUAUUGAGACGGUGAUUGCCAAGUACGAAGCCAAGUACACCAAGCAGAGGGAAAAAGGAUUAGAGCCAAUGCCGCAACAAUCAAUACCUACACAUAAAAUGUCCCGGCGAUCCCAGGCUGGCUUCAGACCCAGGGACAUGUUUCUUCCGGUCGAACUUAUCUUGGAGAUCGCAGAUUAUUUGGAAAACUACAAGGAUAUCCGAAAUCUGCUUUCAGUGUUUCCGCAUUGGCACCCGAUGAUCCCGGACAGCUACUGGAGACGUCGAUUCAUUAAUGAUAACUAUCUAGAGAAUCAUCGGUUGCCAGCAGCGGAUGCUUUGGAUUGGCAGCAUGUCUAUCUUAAUACUGACAGACUGUUGCAACCCUCAUUGGGAUGGCGGAACAGGCAGCAUAUCCUGAGUCGACUUGAGGAGACCAAAGACCGAUUCUUGCAGCGACUGGAGCAGAAGCAUACCCAAGACUGA